CUUCAAAUUUGAUAUCUUAGAAAAAGAGACGACCACAUAGCUCAUUGAUCUAAGUGACAAAACAUAUCCAAGCACGAUGGAAAAAAAUCACUUCAAGUUGUUGUUUUGUGUUAUGCUUCUGGUUCUCGCAGUUUCUGGUGGAAAGAAGAACAAUAUCGGAGUGGAAGCUGGUGGAAGAACAACACCAGAGGGAGAGGUAGAAACGCACUGCGUGAGCGUACGUUGCAAAAGUGACGCGGAUUGCGAUCCGCCACACCGUUACAUCUGUAAUAGGGCAAUAGGUUUUUGUGUCUGCUCACCGGAAGCACUGUAUGCGGAUUUCCUCGCCCAAACGUCCAAGAGACUUGGAAAAGGGAAUUAAAAAAAAAUAUAUGAAAUCUUCUAUGAAUAAAAUAUCAUUAUGAGGUG